AUACUUCACUGUGCCUAAGCUGAGCCUUUUUUUUUCACUCCUGUGCUUUGUUUUACCUGCAGAUCAUGUGGUUAAAGUGAAAGGUGAAUACAGUGAAAGAGAGGAGAGUGCUCUGAACUCAGAGCCCAUGGAAAACCCUGAAGAAUCCGAACUGCCUUACAGCUACCCCAGAGAAUAUUCCGAGUAUGAGAGCAUUAAGCUGGAGAGACACUCGGGGGCCUAUGACGCCGCCAGGCCAGCUAGUGGGAAGAUGAACUGUGAUAUCUGUGGAUUAGCCUGCAUUAGCCUCAAUGUCUUGAUGGUUCAUAAGCGUAGCCACACUGGUGAACGACCAUUCCAGUGUAAUCAGUGCGGAGCUUCCUUUACUCAGAAGGGAAACCUCCUCCGCCACAUUAAACUCCACACAGGGGAAAAGCCCUUUAAGUGCCACCUGUGCAGUUAUGCCUGCCAGAGGAGGGAUGCGCUCACGGGGCACUUACGGACCCACUCUGUGGAGAAGCCAUACAAGUGUGAGUUCUGUGGCAGGAGCUACAAGCAGAGGAGCUCUCUGGAGGAGCACAAGGAGCGGUGCCGGACGUAUCUGCAGAGCUCUGGCAUGUGUGAACCUGCCAGCGUGGAGGCAAGGCACAUCAAGGCAGAGAUGGGGACUGAAAGAGCCCUUGUGCUGGACAGGCUAGCGAGCAACGUGGCAAAGAGAAAAAGCUCAAUGCCUCAGAAAUUUAUUGGUAAGAACAAAAACCCUUUUCAUCCUCAGCACUUCAAUACGU